CACAAGGGAAUGACAGGGGGCUGGUUAAUGUUUAAUUAAUUCUAGUCACUAGCAGGUUAACUGUAAAUGGGAGGAGAUAGAAGGAGAUUCAAGGGAAUUACUUACAAACAGAGAAAUCUCACAUUAUGUGGCAGUGCCACACUGUGAGUGCCAGACACACUUCCAGCUGUCACUGAAAGAGCACACAGCUUUUCUGCUGCAUGAGACAUCGAUUAAGAAACGGAAAAAUUGGAGUUAUUUCAGUUAUCUGAUGUUCGACUUCUCCGCAGGAAUUAAGACUCUGAGAAUUAGGAACAGCUAUGGAGGGGCAGAUUCGAGAGCUGAAGCUUCAGCUGGAAAAGCAGUAUUUACGGACAAAGGAGCUGGAGAAUGAAAACCAGCAUCUUGAGAAUCUACUAACAGAGAAGGACAACAUGAUCAAAGAACUACAGACCAGGCUUGGAGCUUUAGAAAUCUCAUGUAAUCGUUCAAGUUCGGACAGCGAUCAACUAGGAAGGAUUAGCCGCACCACGGCUAUCGCACCUGAACCUUCACCAGAAGACUGGGACAUAUCUCUGAAAAUCAUUCAUAAGUCUGCAAGUGAAAGAAGUCUGAUUAUUAAGGCUAUUCAACAGAAUGACUUCCUGAACCGCCUGGAUGAGGAACAAAUUAACAUGAUGGUGGAGUGUUUAUCCUGGGAUGAAUGCAACCAGGGCAAAGUCAUCAUCAGAGAGGGUUCAGAAGGAGACACCUUAUAUAUUGUAGCAGAUGGUGAGCUCAAUGUUACUCAAGCUGGUCGUUAUCUACGCACUUUAACACGGGGGGAUGUUUUUGGAGAACUAGCUAUCCUCUACAAUUGCAAACGUACAGCCACUGUUACAGCUGUCACACAUGUCCAGAUAUGGUGUAUCGAAAGGCAAACCUACCGAUCUAUAAUGACAAACAAGUCCAAAAGAAAACGGGAGCAAAUUAUGGGAUUUCUAAAAAAGGCAAAGACCCUGAAAGGUCUCAAUGACACUCAGCUCUCAAAGAUAAUCGACUCAAUGGAGGAGUGUAAAUUUCAAAAUAAUGAGAUUAUCGUGCAGGAAGGAACAGAGGGAAAUAUAUUUUAUAUUAUUUUGAAAGGAGAGGUGAAAGUAAUGAAACAAGUAAAUGGACAGGAAAAAGAGAUCAGGAUGUUACAGGAGGGAGAUCAUUUUGGAGAGCUGGCUCUAAUACGAAAGAUAUGUCGAACUGCAACAUGCAUUGCUGUAGGCCAAGUUACUUGCAUCUCCAUUGACAAAGAAGUUUUUGAGGAAACCAUUCCAAUUGAAAGUAUAGAACUCCCUGAAGAUUGUGACCUCUUUGAAAAGUCUUCAUUGUCUGAAAAGAAAAGUUGUAUAUUCAGUUCUCAUAACUCUAGACUCCACGCCUCACUGAAGCUUAAGGAUUUAGUUCCAGUGUUAUAUCAGGAUGGAAAAUACCAGGGAAGUCCAGUUACCCUAGGAGUUGGAGGUUUUGGACGUGUUGAACUUAUGACAACACCCAUUUCAUGUCCAGCAGAAUAUUUUGCCUUGAAACGAGUCAGUAAGAAACUAAUUGUGUCGAAAAGACAGCAAGAUCAUAUCAUGCUGGAGAAGAAGAUUCUUCAAGAUAUUCAGUGCAACUUUGUUGUCAAACUGUUUGCUGCCUUUAAGGAUUCCAGGUACAUUUAUAUGGUUCUAGAGUUCUGCUCUGGUGGUGAGCUAUGGACCAAACUUAGAGAACUAAAACGCUUUGAAGAGGUCAUUGCUGUAUUUUGCACUGCAUGUGUUGUUGAGGCAUUUUCUUAUCUGCACAACAAGGGAAUUGUUUAUCGAGACCUAAAACCAGAGAAUUUAAUGUUAGAUCGGCAUGGAUACAUCAAACUGGUGGAUUUUGGCUUUGCCAAGGAGAUUGUACGUGGAGAAAAAACCUACUCGUUUUGUGGCACGCCCGAGUAUUUAGCUCCUGAGAUAAUAAAAAAUGAAGGGCAUGAUUUUGCUGCUGAUUUCUGGUCACUUGGAGUCUUGAUAUAUGAGCUUCUGACAGGCAGCCCACCAUUCUCUAGCUCUGAUCCACAGAAGAUUUACAGCAAGAUCCUGGAUGGGAUUAUUAAGUUCCCUGCUUACAUGAGGGAAGCAGCAAGAUCCAUUGUUAACAAGCUUUGCAGACAACGACCUGGCCAAAGACUAGGAAACACAAAAAAUGGAAUAAAGGACAUCAGACACCACAGGUGGUUCAGUGAAAUUAACUGGCAAAAACUUCAGGCUGGACAAAUGGAAGCACCUACAGUUCGCCUAAUACGGAAGGGAACACUCUAUGUAAAUUUUGACAGGUUUCCACCAGACAAGGCAAACGCUGAUGAGGAGUUUUCAGGCUGGGAUGAUGAUUUUUAACCUUGUUGUUUUGGAGCAACUUGUUAGAUAUAAAAAAAUGAAAACUAAACUUUAAACUUUUUUCAAACCGUAAGGUAUAUUUAAUGUGCACCAGGAUGUCAAAAAACAACAUGAUGCCUUCAGUGAGGAAAGAUCAAAAUUCACUAAGAAUUACAUUGCUGCCACUUGUGGUUUUAUUGUGUGUUCUUGCAUUAUAAGAAGAUAUACUGUAUGUUUACACAGUAGAAUCAUAACACUGCACAGAGAAAUUCUGUACACCUUAGCAGUACACAUUUUAAAAACUGUGCCUAUGAUAUACAGUACCUCUUGGUGCUGAAAGGGCUGAGCUGUAAUUGGUUUAGAUUUGAAUCUGUAACUUGAAAAAUGACUAUGAUGCUAAACUAUUUAAUUAAUUGAAACUCAGGGGUACUUAACAUUCACUACAACGUUUUUUGUGGCAUAAAGGCUUUUGAUCAAAAGAAUGUACUUUCACCAACUGAAAAGAAACUGUGGUCAUCGGCAUUUCGAUAAAACUUAAUGUCUCCUAAUAACAAACAGUUUUGUUAAAACUAUGUUCUGAGGCAUUUCACGUAAGGAGGACAGAUGUUUUGAGGUUGUUAUUCUCACUAAUUGUGGUGCUGGAGAGUGACAGCAUGUUGUAUGGUUCCUGUUCUUAACAACUCUGUGCUGGAGAAUUGACCAAUGGUCGGAUUACAAAUCUCUAAGCUAGUGCUUUUAACCCAUUAAUUAUUAUAUAGCUAACUAAACACAGCUAGUAAUAUCACCUAUUAAAUUAACAUUAACUUACAUUUCACUAAUACAGUUUUUUCAGCAUUUUCAGAGUGGAUGAUACAUUUCCAAAAAGCAAGUCUUAAUAAAAAAAUGAUUGAUAGUUUAAAACUGGUAUUAUAUUUCAUCAUAUAAUCAGAAGAAUGAAAAUGGCAUUGAUCACCUACUGUUCACUUCUGAAAUUUUAAGGAAGCCAGCAUAAUACGCAUCCAUGAAUCAAUUUACUGAACCUUUAUUUCAUGUUAGAGUUGGAUCCUACUCUGGCAACAUCAGGUGCAAUGCAAGAUUCAGCUCUGAAUGGCAGAGUAGUUCAUUGCAUGACACACACACAAACCCAGUCUGUGACCCGACAUUUGCGCGAUAGACAUAUAAGCGCCGACA